AUGAAACACACUUCAGGUCUGUUUUUGCUCCUUCUGGGGACGUGCUCGGCUUACACCUAUCAAAAUGUAGCCUUGCGUGGAAAGGCGACCCAGUCGAGCCGCCUUGUGCACGCUUUCGGGGCUGCCGACAGCGCUAUUGAUGGAAACCGUGAUUCUAACUUCUCGGGUGGAUCUUGCACUCGGACUAUUGAACAGACCAACCCCUGGUGGAGAGUGGACCUGCUGGAGUCCUACAUCGUCACCUCCAUCAUCAUCACCAACAGAGGAGACUGCUGUGCAGAAAGGCUCGACGGGGCAGAGGUUCACAUCGGCAACUCUUUGGAAGACAACGGUGCCAAAAACCCAGUGGCUGGUGUUAUUGGUCAUAUCCCAGUUGGAAGGUCUUUAAAAAUGACGUUCACUCGCCUUGUGGAGGGCCGGUAUGUGACUGUGGUUCUUCCUGGUUUAAAAAGAGUCCUCACACUCUGCGAAGUGGAAGUCUUUGGGUAUCGGGCCCCGACUGGACAGAAUCUGGCGCUCCAAGGAAAAGCUACUCAGUCGUCACUGCAUUCUAUCGGCAUUGCCAAUAACGCCAUUGAUGGCGAUCGUGCCACCGUCUGGAGCCGGGCUUCCUGCAGUCACACGACCAGCCAGUUAAACCCCUGGUGGCGACUGGACCUGGGAAAAACCCACAAAGUAUUUUCUGUUAACAUAACCAACUACAUAAACGCCAACUUACAGCUUGUUGGAGCUGAGAUACGAAUCGGAGAUUCUCCUGAAAACAACGGCAACAACAAUCCCAGGUGUGCCGUGAUCUCAAGAAUCCCUCCAGGUUUCACAGAAACCUUCCAGUGUUACGGGAUGGACGGCCGCUACGUUAACGUGGUCAUUCCUGGAAAAACCCUGAGCCUGAUCCUGUGUGAGGUGGAGGUGUUCGGCUCCAGACUGGAUUAG